GAAACCGUUUUCUGUUCUUGCUGGCCUUGGCAGCCUUAUUAGCCUUUUUGAGCCUGAGUCUACAAUUCUGUGAAUUUAUCACGGGUUGGUGCAGAGAGCCCUCACAUCCUGGUGCUGGAGCAGGAGGUGGUGAUGAAGGCAGGGCAGUGCAGGUGGCAGAUGGGCACUGUGCUCUGUGGCUGAUUGCUGCUUCAGGAGAGGGAACAUUUCCUAGUGCAUUUAAUCCCAGUAAACCCUGUCAGGGAAGAUGGGUUGAAUCCUAAGAGCCGGAAGAGAAUAAUGCCUGAUUUGCUGACGGAGCCUCCUGUCAUAGACCCCGUUUAUGAAGCUCAUGUUUACUGCAAUAUCCCCACCAUUGCUGAGCGCAGCAUGGAAGGUCAUGCCCCUCAUUAUUUUAAGCUGGUGUCAGUUCAAGUGCUGAUUCGACACGGCGAUAGGUAUCCUCUGUAUGCCAUUCCCAAGACAAAGAGACCUGACAUCGACUGUAUGUUGGUGCCCAGCAGGAAACCUUCUCAUCCUCAGCUUGAAGCCUUCAUUAAGCAUAUGUCCAAAGGGUCUGCAGCCCAAAUGGAUGGUUCUCUGAGCAGCCUGCCUCACUUCCCCAGUCAUUCCCUGUGUGAAAUGGGAGAGCUUACACAGACAGGGGUUGUACAACAUCUGCGAAACGGACAGCUGCUCCGAGAAAUUUAUAUCAACAAACACAAGCUGCUCCCUGGUGACUGGACAGCCAAGCAGCUCUACCUGGAGACCACAGGGAAAAGCAGAACCCUGCAGAGCGCAUUGGCGCUGCUCUACACCUUUCUGCCAGAUUUUGACUGGAAGAAAAUUAACAUGAGGCACCAGUGGAGCACCAUUUUUUGCUCGGCAAGCUGCGACUGUCCCAUGAGAAACCACUACCUGGAGGAGGAGCAGCGCAGGCAGUACAGCUUACGGGUGAAAAACAGCAAUCUGGAGAAAAUAUAUGUGGAUAUGGCAAAGAUUGUGGGCAUUCCCACCAGGCAGCUGAGAGCUUCUAACCCAAUAGAUUCUCUCUUGUGCUAUUUCUGUCAUAAUGUCUCGUUUCCCUGUACCAAAGCUGGCUGCAUUGGUAUGGAACACUUCAAAGUAAUCAAGAGACACCAGUUGGAGGAUGAGAGAGAAAGACAGCAAAAGAAACUUUACUUCUUGUAUGCACUAUUGGCUACUCAUCCCCUCCUCAACCAGACUGUCAAUCGGCUGCAGCGUAUUGCAGAAGGCAAGAAGGAAGAGGUGUUUGUUCUCUACUCUGCACAUGAUGUCACCUUGUCACCUGUUCUUAGUGCCUUGGGCAUUACAGAGGCCAGAUUUCCCAGAUUUGCUGCCAGAUUAGUUUUUGAGUUGUGGCAGGAUGGGAAGAGGCCCAAAGAACACUUUAUCCGCAUCCUGUACAACGGUGCUGAUGUCACAUUCCAGACCUCGUUUUGCAAGGAUCAUUAUAAACGUUCCAACAAGCCAAUGUGCCCACUAGAAAAAUUUGUCGACUUUGUCAAGAGGGAUAUGUUCCUAAUUUUUAACAGUACAAGCUACUAUGAUGCAUGUCAUAGGAGAGCACUGUAGAGAAAGGAGGAAAGGAGGCAGUGGUAACUCAUGCCAGUGAUCUGUUUUCUGGUGGAGGCACACUUCAGUUUUCUUACUUCUUGUAUUCUUAGGUGUAAGUACAGAAGGGUAAUGCUUGGAACAUUCUCCACAUAGUUUUAUUUUCAUUCAGGCUGCAUAUGGCCUUCAGUAGAAGAACAAAUGCCAAGGGUUAUGUGUAUGUGUAUGCUCACAAAUGCUGUUAACUGUUGUGAUAAACCAUGUGGGUGAAUGUAACCUGGCUCUUCCCUGAUAGAGUGAGAGAGCAUAGACUUUGUGUUUCUCUGUUCCAGAGCAAUACUUGGAUAGAGUAAGUUUAAACUAUUUUUUUUUUCCACCACCAUCUCACAGUCAUUUUAAGCAGCUCAUGUCAGGGUUAUUGAGGAAUUCCAGGUGUCUGCAUUGAGGCAUUUGUAAGGAAUUUCUGAAUUUUUUUACUCAGAGGAAGCCUUCUAAUAUUAUGGGGCAGGUCCUUAAAACAAAGUGCAUGUAUGUGUGUGUGAAUACUUCCCUGAGCAUGUGCAAAUGAGUGUGUGCCUUUUGCACCUCACAGACCUAGAAACCCUUGGCUAUUGUUGCCAGUGCCAGAGAAGGGUGUACUGGAAAAGGGAUACAAAACUCUACUCUUUGAUCGCACUUUCAGCACUUUGAAUAGUUCAAACACAGUCUAGAAACAUGUAAAGGCCUUGUGAUGUUACAAUAGAUAGCAAACACUAACAGUACCACUAAAGAUGAGUGGGAAAUUAGGGCUAGAAAUCACUGUUAUGGUGUAGUGUUGGGCUCUUUCCCAUUGUGAACACGUUCAAGCUGUUGUGCUAUGGAACAAAUCAGAGUUUUAGGAAAUUGCUAUGGUGACUGCUUGAGACAGCUUGACUCAAUAAUGAGAAAUCUUUGUAGUUGAGUUAGUAUUUUUAUGGACUAGGAAGCUCUUAUUUUGUAAGACCAGACUUGUAUAUAUUGUACUGUGUAUAUUUAUAACACAGUAGAUCUUUCUUACUUGUUUAGUUUGUAAAGACUUGUGGAAGUCACUUUUUAGACAUUUUUUCCCCUUGAUCAGGAUGUUUAGACUUAAGAAUAAACUGUCUGUUAUGGGUAAUUUGAACAAUGAGUAGAUAUGAAAACUUCAGACUGAUUUCAUCUCUGUAGGAGUAGUAAAUUGAGAGCCAAUUUUUAAUAGAAUUCUUAGAAAUUUUAUAAUGAUGGAGGUUUUUUAACCUCUAGAAAUAAAUUAGUCUGUGAGUUGUGAUUCAAUGGUGCUAGUUUGUCAAAGAAAACAUAACUCAGCAUAAGUUCUCUGACUCUUGGCAUUCCACUAUCUCUGUUUUCAAUGCUGCAUUUGAACAUGUUUCUUUAAAUAAAAUUCUGGGGUCUCUUUGUGUA